UCUAACAGCAACAAAAGACAGACAAAAGACAGAGAGAGAGACGGAGAGAGAAGAGACACAGAGCUUCCUUCUCACCUGACCACAGUUUGGUGAAAGUGACCUAUUGGCAGCAGGUGGAGGUGCCAGUGCAGAGGAGGAUGAAUCGUAAGUCCAAAGCUAAGAGCCAGGCGGCGGUGGAGAGCUUGCCCAGCACACUGCUCACUCCACAGGAGCAGGACCAGCUGCAGGAACUGCUUGGCCGACGCUGUGCGUCCCUGUCCACCACGGUGGCCCAGCUCUUCAUGGCUCUGCCCAAUAGCCCCGGCAGCUGGAGCCUGCAGUACACCGGCGUGCUGUGCUUCAUCAAGGACAACCCGCAGCGUUCCUACUUCCUACGUCUCUUCGACAUCAAGACAGGAAAGCAGCUCUGGGAACAGGAAGUGUUUGACCAGAUGUCUUACCGUCGGACGCGGCCACACUUUCACACCUUUGCUGGAGAUGUGUGUCAGGUGGGCUUGAAUUUCGCCAAUCUGCAGGAGGCCGAGAGUUUCUACAACCAUGUUGAUGACAAGAUCUCUCAGAGAAAACACAGACAAGAACGUGGAGAUUUGCCACCAGCACCUGGUCAAAAUAAUCGAGGACUGCCACCCCUACCCAACCAAAAUGCCAAAAUGCCCAUGGCCACCAUUGACAUCCAGAACCCAGACAUCCAUGCCUUGUGGCACCGCUCCGUGCCUGUACCCGCCGCUUCCGCUGUCUCCAAGGGCAAGAAGGAGAAGAAGGAGAAGAAGAGCAAGUCCAAGAAGAGCUCCAAACUGUCCAAGGCUGACAUCGGAGCUCCCAGUGGCUUUACGCAUGUGUCUCACGUUGGCAUGGACCCUAAUAACCUAGACCCAGACCUAAAGAAGCUGCUGUCCACCGCUGGCAUAUCCGAGGCCGACUUGAAGGACGAAGAGACAGCACAGCUCAUCUACGACGUUAUUGAGCAGGCAGGAGGCAUGGACGCGGUCAAACAGGUGGUCAACCAAGGUUCGGCUCCACCUCCACCUCCUGGCCGCCAAGGGCCCCUUCCUCCCAUCCCUGGCUCCUCCCCCUCAUCUGGUCCAGCCCCACCUCCCUCUCGCGGUCGCUCCGCUCCUCUACCCCCUGUCCCAGGAGGUGGUUCUCCGAGGGGUGGCCCUGCUCCUCCUCCAGGGCGUGGCACGUUGCCCCCCGUGCCCCCCGCCUCGGGGCGUCGACAGUCCCUCCCUCCACCACCCCCCUCCUCCGCCCGCCCAUCUCCUCAGCAUCACUCACGCCCAUCUCCCCCAACGACAUCACAUCCUGGCCCACCUCCUCCUCCUAUGUCACAUCCUGCUGGACCCCCAUCUAUGUCGCGUGUGCCCCCACCCCCGACCAAGUCGCUCCCGCCCUCACCUUCCUCCCCUAACAGGGGCGGCCCUGCCCCACCUCCCCCUCCUCCCCCUCCUCCCCCUGUCCCGGUCCAAACAUCCCCCCCACCUCCACCCCUGCCGUCUGGGAGGGCUGGCCCGGCACCCCCUCCACCCAGCUCUGGGGGCAAUGACGAAGGUGACGGGGGUGGGGGAGGACGAGGGGCUCUGCUUGACCAGAUCCGGCUGGGGAGGAAGCUCAAGACGGUUCCCAACAGUAACGACCUGCCACCCCCUCCCCCGGCGGACUCUGGGGAGGGCAUAGUGGGGGCCCUCAUGAUGGUCAUGCAGAAGAGAAGCAAAGUCAUCCACUCCUCAGAUGAAGGAGAGGAUGAGGAUGUGGAGGAUGACGACGAUGAUGAAUGGGACGACUGAUGCAAUCUCAUACCUUAUUUUCUUUUCCUUUGUUCUUCAGUCCAUCUAUCACUUCACUUGUUUGUUAUGUGUCACUUCCUUGUGCACCCUUUUGGUAGACAGGACACAAGCUAGUCUCCAUUUUGUUGUUUACUCUCGUGUGGUUCUCCACUGAAAUGGUCAGCACGGUCUGUUACAAUAACACUUACAAACAGUCUGCAGUUAAGAAAAGUGGCCACAUUAGAGUGAUGGUCAGUGUCUGUUCUCACUGUGUUUCACAUGUUCACAUCAUUGCUUCUUUGAUGAUGGCAUCAUAUAUAUUUGUUGAGUAAGCUAUUGAUAUUCUAUUGAAUCUAUUCUAUUGAAGUUUUAAUAUGAAAUAGCUUGGUCUUGCAUAAUGCUUGCUUGCAUAAUGUUAUGUUUGCCAUGUUUUGAUAGACAUGACAAACUAAAUGCAUCCAUGGAUGCUGUUGUUUCAGGCAAUGACAUGUCCAAAAGACCACUCCAUCUUUCACGAGUGCUUCUUAGGGGACUUCAAGAGAUAAAAAAUAAAAAAUAAAUAAAAAAAUGCACAUGCAUGUGUCAUAAUCAACAUGAUGACCUAGGCCUAAUAACAGGAACUUGGAGACUAAAAAUGGUGUGCGUAGGUUUAGAAUUUCCUGGCUUUACGUGUGAAAUAUUUUGGGAAAUAUAAAGCAGAUGGAGGACACUAUGGACCAACCUUAUACGUUUUAACACGUUUAACACGUUUUAACAGUGAAUGUUUGAAUGAUAAGCAUUGGGAGGUCAGAACCCACGUUUGUUGCCCCCUACUGGUCAAAAAUAUUUUCAGUGUAAAAAAAUACAGUAAAGUGUUGUAGAAGAGCAAUAAGCUGAGAUAAAUUGUUACAUUCAUA